AUGGAUGAUAGCAGUCAAGAGGCACAAUCUUUCCCACGCCCGGCCAGAGUUAGUACCGGCACCCGCAAUGGUGCCUGGAGCAGGCACAAUCUCCUAAGUCUAGAUGGAGGCGGAAUACGAGGGUAUUGGACACUUCUUGUGCUAGGGAGACUGAUGGAAGCUAUAGCGCGAGAAGACGCUCGUCAGGCUGGUCGUUUGCAUCCGGGUCGGUCGGACAGCUUCUGGCCAGAUGAAUUUCCUCCAAACGUUGCACAACGCGAAGGCCGACCAGUACCCUACCAGCAGCUCUCUGCUACCCAGAAGUACCUACCUUGCCACUAUUUUGACUUUAUGUGCGGUUUGCUAACGUGCGCUAGUCUUAUUGCAAUCAUGCUGGGGAGACUUCGAAUGAGCGUCGCAGAUUGUAUGAAAGAGUACGAGGAUCUCAGUCACCAGAUAUUUGGCCAUCCGCGAUGGUGCUCCCAGCGCAAUCUAGGCUUCGUACCCUGGUCGAAAUACGAUGCGAAUUCUAUGAAAAAAGUCUUCAAAGAUGUUACGCGGCGACGUUGCGAGAGAUCUGCCUUCAACCGAAAUGGCUUCAGGGAACCGUUUUUCCCCACAUUGCAAGACACAUGUAACGUGUUCGUAGCCCCUGACUUUCCUCAACCGAGUUCUGCCACGACAAAUGAUGUGGGAAUUGAUCCAGAGAGCCUCUAUAUUCUCCGAUCCUACAAUAAUCUCAACAGGCUAUCACUGGGGAGUCGUUAUCUUAAUUACGGCCCGGCAGAGGAAAUGAAACUAUGGCAGGUGGCCCGGGCUGCCACGGCUGCACCAAUGUACUUUGACGAGUUCAAGAUAUGCUUAGGCGAAGGCAAUUCAAGAGAGAGAAUCUACUUCUCCGAUGGCGGCUUCGGGGACACCAACAACCCUACAGAAGUUGGAAUGAUGGAAGUUGAAGCACUCUAUGGGCGUGACUGCUUCAGCGCAAUCGUCAGUAUUGGAACUGCGAGAGCAAAUGACAAGGGCGAGGGCAGAGGAAUACUUCGAAGAGUGAGACACAUUGCAGCUGUAGCCACUGAUCCUCGCAUAGUCGCACGAUCGCUGGAAACUCGGAGGUUGGAGAACUUGUGGCGGUUCAACGACGAAAUAGGCCUGGACAUAGAGUUGGACGACUGGAAGCCAAACGGCUGGACAACGAAGCAUCCGGGCCAUAAAACUCUACGGAAGAUCCAGGAUGGCUUCUAUCGCUGGGCAGCUCAGCUUGAAAACAUUGAUAAUAUCGAGAGCUGUGCGCGCCAUCUUGUCGAGAUCCGUCGAAGCCGCAUGGCAGACAGGUCUCGCUGGCAACGCUUCUCGCUAGCAGCUUCCCAAUACCAGUGCGAGGAUGUCGAUUGCCACGAAACCACAUAUGAAACACUCGACUUGUUCAACCAGCAUUGGAACAGUUUCCAUCGCGAAGAACCAGAUGCAGAUGCGCUCAGACAGCCGAGGUAUAAAAAAUGGGAGUAUUAG